GCGCAGGCGCACCGGGUGCCCCGGCGCUGGAGCAUAAACAAGAGCGGGGACGGGAUGAGGCGGCGGUUGAUCCCAGGGUGGCGAGUGGCGGCGACCGAGGCGGCGAGCGGGGCCCGGCGCCGACCCUGAGUGCAGCCUGACCCGCCCUCGCGCGCGCGCCCUCCCCGGCCGGGCCCACUCGCCGCGCGCCCAGCCAUGAACCUGGCGAGCCAGAGCGGGGAGGCCGGCGCCGGCCAGCUGCUCUUCGCCAACUUCAACCAGGACAACACAGAAGUGAAAAGGGCAUCAAGAGCAGCUGGUCUUGGCCGUCGCGCUGUUGUCUGGUCCCUAGCUGUUGGUAGUAAGUCCGGUUAUAAAUUUUUCUCCCUUUCUUCUGUGGAUAAGCUGGAACAGAUCUAUGAAUGCACCGAUACGGAAGAUGUGUGCAUUGUAGAGAGAUUGUUCUCCAGCAGCCUAGUGGCCAUCGUGAGCCUUAAAGCACCAAGGAAGCUAAAGGUUUGCCACUUUAAGAAGGGAACUGAGAUCUGCAACUACAGCUACUCCAACACGAUUCUGGCUGUGAAGCUCAACAGGCAGAGGCUGAUAGUAUGCCUGGAGGAGUCCCUGUACAUCCACAACAUUCGGGACAUGAAGGUGCUACAUACGAUCAGGGAGACGCCUCCAAACCCUGCAGGCCUGUGUGCGCUGUCAAUCAACAACGACAACUGCUACUUGGCGUACCCAGGGAGCGCGACCAUCGGAGAGGUGCAGGUCUUCGAUACCAUUAAUUUGAGAGCUGCAAACAUGAUUCCGGCUCACGACAGUCCUUUAGCGGCACUGGCCUUUGACGCAAGUGGAACUAAACUUGCCACGGCUUCGGAGAAGGGGACCGUGAUUAGGGUAUUUUCCAUUCCAGAAGGACAAAAACUCUUUGAGUUUCGGAGAGGAGUAAAGAGGUGCGUGAGCAUCUGCUCCCUGGCCUUCAGCAUGGACGGCAUGUUCCUCUCCGCCUCCAGCAACACUGAGACCGUGCACAUCUUCAAACUCGAGACUGUGAAAGAAAAACCCCCAGAGGAGCCCACCACCUGGACCGGGUACUUCGGGAAAGUGCUCAUGGCCUCCACCAGCUACCUGCCUUCCCAAGUGACAGAAAUGUUCAACCAGGGCAGAGCCUUCGCCACGGUCCGCCUGCCAUUCUGCGGCCACAAAAACAUCUGCUCGCUAGCCACAAUUCAGAAGAUCCCGCGGUUGUUGGUGGGUGCCGCCGACGGGUACCUGUACAUGUACAACCUGGACCCCCAGGAGGGCGGCGAGUGCGCCCUGAUGAAGCAGCACCGGCUGGAUGGCAGUCUGGAAACGACCAAUGAGAUCUUGGACUCUGCCUCUCACGACUGCCCCUUAGUCACUCAGACAUACGGCGCAGCUGCAGGAAAAGGUACUUACGUGCCUUCAUCCCCAGCGAGACUUGCCUACACGGACGACCUGGGUGCUGUGGGUGGCGCCUGCCUGGAGGACGAGGCCAGCGCCCUGCGCCUGGAUGAGGACAGCGAGCACCCGCCCAUGAUUCUUCGGACUGACUGAACUUGACCUGUGACCUCUGACCCGGGGAGCAGAGAACACUGGCUUCACAGAGGACUUUGUGCAUUGCUGCUAUGAACUUUGACCUGAGUCGGGGGAGAGGAUGGCAGAGACUUUAUUAAAAAAAAAAAAGAUUGUAGCGGUAGUCUAACUCCAUAACGCUGAGGAAAUACAUCAUUUUCACUUCAGUGGCUUUUAAAUCCUGCUUAUGAAUUUUAGCUUUUUGUUUGUUUGUUUUCUCUUUUUGCCAAAAUUAACUGUUUGGUGAAGCCCGCAAAACCUCCUCGCUUUGCAUGCAUGAACGUGCCAAGCCAGCAUAGGGGAGCUAGAAGCCACUUUCCAGCCACCUGCCGUUGGGUUUUUUCAUAUCUGUACAUAAUGCCGAGUGCGUAAGGAAACCGUGGCGUCACACACAGUGGGUCUGCUUGUCAAGGCCAGUUCUGCAGUGGCAGGCCCGGGGCUGCCCACCAGGUGUGCUGGGCAGACUUCAGCUGGGACAGAAGUCCGAUCUCCCUAGGGCCCCACCUGGACCAUUUUCCCUCCGUUUUGUUUUGUUAAUUAAAUUCUUUCCAAAUUGGAUCACUCUGGGAUUUCUUCCAUUGUGGACUUUUGUUUCUGAUCUUGUUUUCCAUGUGGAUAUUGGAGGAGAGCGAGGUUCUUUCUGAUACUAAAAACCUUUCUUUCAGGCAGCAAAUGAACUUGAAAGGUUGCCUGGACUCCCUGGAGCAAAGGAAAGCGAUUUUGUUUGUAUAAUUAAAUGAUCUGUUCUUCUACUUCA